AUGGCACCAUCAUUCAUGACCAUUCCUCCAGAGCUUCGCAAGAUGAUCUACGACCUGGCCUUUACCAGCGACCCAACCACUCCAAAGCACGCAGCUCUCGCCGAGCGGGUCCCAGCGGGCUUGGCCAUCCGCCUCACCUCCCGUUUCAUAGCCAACGAGUCCCAACGCUGCUACCUCAAAGCCGCCCGCCACUACGACACCGUCCGAGCCACUCUCAUCGACGACAUCGUCACCCACUACGAAGCCCGCACCGUCAAAGUCCACGCCACCGGAAUCUUCGCCCCGCAAUACGAGGCGGUGUCGUUGCACAACGUCGCAUUGAGCCUCUGCCACCCAAAUCCGCGCUGCAAGCAUGCCUGUGCAGAGCGCGGGUGCUACAUGUGCCCCGACCCAGUACACCACAACUGUUUCGACUGUGGGCGUAAUGUUGCGGUGGCACUCUACCUCAAGGGUCCCGGCCAAGGCCUCGAGGCGCCCCUGCUCACCAUCCCUGGCAGCGAGGGUCAUGGGACACGUCUUGGCACGUGGCUGGAGCAUUUCACCGGAGAGAUCGCCAUCGAGGUACGAGAGGAGACGACGUAUGCUAUGUACAUCCCCGAUGCGGAGUCGUGUACGGGCUUCAAGCAGGAGAUGGGCAAGGUGACGAAGUCAAGCCCGUGGGCGUUCCGCUGGUGGUACAUUGAGUGGCAUCGACAGUGGUUCGUCGACUUGAGGUGUGAGAUGAGGAGACGUGCAGUGAGCAGUUAUUACAAGCACAACAGGACGCUCAAGUUCACGGAGGACUGGAUCAUGAAGUUGGAGAAGACGCAACCGAAGUGGGACUCCAUCCAGCAGCUCGGAAAGCAUUUUGCGGUCCACGGCGAGAUAGCGUGGAAGGCGGAGUAUAAGAAGCGUGUUGAGGCCGCUGUUGCUAAGAAUGGUGGCGAUGUUGAUGCGUUCAUUCCUGCUUUCGAUCAGAAGAAGGAUGAGAAGACUUGUCGCGAUGCCGAGUGGUUUGGCUAG